AUGGACAAAGUCACUGGUACUGCCGUCCGGGAAGCCAUUGCUGUUAUCACCGCCCCUGAAAAGAAGCGUAACUUCACUGAAACCAUCGAACUCCAAAUUGGUUUGAAGAACUACGAUCCCCAACGUGAUAAGCGUUUCUCUGGUACCAUCAAGUUGCCCCAUGUUCCCCGUCCCAACUUGUCUGUCUGUGUUCUCGGUGAUGCUUUCCACUGUGACCAAGCCAAGGCUGCUGGUAUGGAAUUCCAAUCUGUUGAUGAUUUGAAGAAGCUCAACAAGAACAAGAAGCUCAUCAAGAAGCUCGCCAAGAAGUACGAUGCCUUCGUUGCUUCUGAAGCUUUGAUCAAGCAAAUUCCUCGUCUUUUGGGUCCCGGUCUCCACAAGGUUGGUAAGUUCCCCUUGCCCGUCUCUCACUCUGAAUCUCUUACUGACAAGGCCAACGAAAUCCGUGCUACCAUCAAGUUCCAAUUGAAGAAGGUUCUCUGUUUGGGUGUUGCCGUUGGUCACGUUGAAAUGACUGAAGAUCAAUUGACUGCUAACAUUCUUUUGGCUGUUAACUUUUUGGUUUCUUUGCUCAAGAAGAACUGGCAAAACGUCAAGUCUUUGUACUUGAAGUCUACCAUGGGCAAGCCUCAUCGUCUCUAUUAG